AUGAAUAGCAGUAAAAAAAGAAAUAAUGAGUUAUUAUUUCCUGUAGCAAAAUUACAAAAAAAAUUUCCUUUGAUUGAGUGGUGGCAAGGAAAAGAAAUUUUGCAUAAAAUUCAAAAAAAAAAUCAAAGAAAUUUUGAGACAAAUCCUUGUGAUAGUUUAUGGGGAAAGUUUAUUAAUUGCUUAAGGAAAUAUCCUCAUACAUUUUCUAAAUGUAAAAUAGAUGCUAUUAGAUAUUUACAAUGUUUAUCAUCUAUUAAUCAGAAAGAAGAAGUAGAUAAACCUAUGAAUUAUGUAAAAGUUUUAGAAUAUUUUAAAAUUUUCAACGAAACAAGUAGAUUUAAAUAUAAAAAGCCAGAGUUAAAAGAUUAUUCUUUUUCUCAAAAUUUAUCGUUCCAGAAAAAUAAAGAUAACAGUGAUAUUUUUUAA